GGGUUGCAUUUUUCAUAUCUCUGCUUUUCUGCUCGCGGGCGGCGUCUCCACACUCGUGAUGUUGCUGCCGGGGCUCCCAAGCAGGUUUGGAGAAGUGAAAGUCGCCCGGAGUCGGACCUGCCCCAGCUCGUGACUCGGCGGCCCGCGGUCCCGACACAGAUUUCUUCACCCCAGCCCCAUGGCCGCUCUGAGCCAGCUGCUAUUGGCGCUGCUGUGGGUCCCUGUAGGGAGCCUGACCUGCUAUGGAGACUCUGGGCAACCUGUGGACUGGUUCGUAGUCUACAAGCUGCCGGCCCAAAGUGGAUCGGGCGUUGCAGCGCAGAGGGGGCUGCGGUAUAAAUACUUGGACGACCACUCAGGAGGUUGGCGCGAUGGCGUCGGGUCCAUCAACAGCUCGGAAGGGGCAGUGGGGCGCAGCCUGCUGCCUUUGUACCAGAAAAAUGCCAGUCAGCUAGCCUUUCUACUCUACAACGACCAGCCGCCCAAACCCAGCAAAGUUCUGGACUCUUCCAGGCGGGGACACACAAAGGGUGUGCUGCUCCUGGGCCAAAAUGGGGGUUUAUGGAUAGUCCACAGUGUUCCUCGCUUUCCUCCACCUUCUUCCUCUGCUGCAUACAGCUGGCCUCCUAAUGCCCAACUCUAUGGACAGACACUGCUCUGUGUGUCUUUUCCACUCGCCCAGUUCCCGAAGAUUGGCAGACAGCUGACCUAUACCUAUCCGCUGGUAUAUGAACACAAGCUGGAAGGGGACUUCUCUGAGAAGUUCCCUGAGCUGGAGGAGUUGAUCAAGGGCUACCAUGUUCGCCAUGAGCCUUGGAACAGCAGUGUAACGCUCACAUCAAAGGCAGGGGCCAUUUUCCAGAGCUUUGCCAAAUUCGGAAACUUUGGAGAUGACUUGUACUCCGGCUGGUUAGCAGGAGCCCUUGGCAGCAACCUGCAGGUGCAGUUUUGGCCAAACUCUCGUGGCACCCUGCCUUCCAACUGCUCUGGGGUCUAUCAGGUGCUCGAUGUGACCCAGAUAGCCUUCCCUGGGUCAGCUGAGCCAACCUUCAGUGCCACAGAAGACCACUCCAAAUGGUGUGUAGCCCCAGAAGGACCCUGGGCCUGUGUAGGUGACAUGAAUCGGAACCUUGCAGAAGAGCACCGGGGUGGCGGCAUAGUGUGUGCCCAGCUCCCCACCCUUUGGAAGGCCUUCCAGCCUCUGGUGAAGGCCUGGGAGCCCUGUAGGGAGGAAAGCAGGGCCUUCUCUCCAGCAAGCUCAGGAGAAUAGAUAAGAGCUAAACCUUAAUUAUGUGUCUUGACCUGACUAUGGCUCAGACUAAUCAUCUGGGAAAUGGGGAUUGUAGCACCUGACUCUGGAAUGUUGAGGAGUACAAGAAGAUUGAUGAAUGUGGUUAUUAACCCUUUGUCAAGUAAGCACUGAUCUCCAAACAGCACUGCAGCUUCCUCAGGGUCUUGAGGCAACAGAGAUCCAAGGUGAUACUGCAGGGCCUCCCUGGUGUUAAGUCACAGCACUGUAAAGCUACUAUCCACACCCACUGCUUCCCGCUGCUCCUCU